UUAUCAACCAAUGUUAAACCCUGUUUCAUUAACCAGUGAAAAAGGCAAUAAUUCUGACGAGAAAUGUAGUUCCAUUAGUGACAGUGAAAACGGAGGAUUUGAAAAGGAGGAGCAUACAAUGGCUAGGAGUUGGAGUGAAAUGAUGAGGAUAUGGCCCUACCAUACAUUUCUUAUUGUAAUUAUGGAAUUCUCAAUGAUGUUGACAGCUUUAAACAAUGUAUUCAAUUUGUAUUAUAUUAAUGUGUUGGGCUUUCAUCCCGAUACGACCGUUGUAAUUCUCAAUUUUACCGGAAUUUUGUCUGGGUGUUGUAGACUGAUUGGUUCAGCAAUUUCUGAUGGUUAUUUGGGGAAAUUUAGAGCAAUAUUUUUUGGUGCUAGUAUUUUUGUUAUUGGAAAGAUUGCUUUGACAACCUCCUCAUUUUUCCCGCCCGGUUUCCCCCACCCUUGGCUUGAUUUUGCUUGUGUUUUAAUUGUUAUUAUUGGCACGAGUGCAAUGAGUCCAAGCAUUGCACCUUUUGCGGGUGACCAAUUUGAUCCUCAUCAAGAAAGAAUGAUCUCAGUGUUUUACUCAAUUUUUUAUGCUGCGAUAAAUAUAGGUGCUGUGAUAUCUACAAUUGUAAUGCCUUUGCUCAGAGCAAGACCUUGUUUUGGAAGAGAUUCAUGUUACCCUUUUUCAUUCAGCGUCUCAACUAUUGGUGUUAUUAUUUCUUUUGCAUUUUUCUUCAUUGGCAGUAAAUGGUACACCAAACAGCCUCCUAAAGGAAACAUUUUUGGGGCCGUUUAUGAUGUUGUUAAGACUGCCCGCUCCAACAAAAAAUAUGCCAAAAUUCCCAAAAAUCACUGGCUUGAUCACUAUUUUGAUACCCACAUUUGUGAGGAGGAUAGUAAAUGUAUUGAAUUAAAGAAGGAAAAGGGAGAUGAGAAUGUUUGUCACAAACAACAAUUUAUUGAAGAUUUUCAUUGUUUGUUAAGACUUGUAGUUGUUUUAAUACCCAUGCCUAUGUUUUGGGCUUUGUAUGAUCAGCAAUACAAUGUUUGGAUGAAUCAGGCACUUCAGUUAGAUAGUCGGAUAUGGGGUGGCAUUCAUCUUUUGCCUGACCAGAUGCAAGUCGUUAAUCCGGUGCUUAUUAUUGUGCUCAUUUUUAUUUUUCAAUCAUUCAUCUACCCCUUUGCUGAAAAAAUUGUAAGAUUAACUCCACUACGGAAGAUGGUAGCUGGUGGAUUUAUUGCAGCAAUAGCCUUUUUUGUCUCGGGAAUUGUACAGCUACGAAUAAAUUUAUCUCUACCCGAGUUUGCUGAUGACGGCCAAGCAUUUGUUUCCAUUGUAAAUACUUUUGCUAAAUGCCCUCUGGAAAUAACUCAUUUGGAGACAGGCGAGACGAGGCUUUUGUUACCAAAUACGUCUCUAAUAAACGACAAAACACAAAAUCGCAUCGAAAUGUUCCGUGUAUUUCUUGGCCAAAAUAAAUGGAAGAUUGACGGCGUUGGAGACAAUUGUGCUGAUUUAAAUAUAAAAUUGCCUCAAGUUUAUGAAUUUGAUAUUAAAGAGCCUAUGAGCUUUAUUGCGAUAACUACACGAGGAGCGAUUUUGGCUUCGGCCGAAACUGAGAAGCCUACAGGCGGUUCUGGUCAAUUUAAAAUUGCCGUGAUUAUGGCGAUGGAGGAUGAGAAGGAUGGGCAUAAUAACAAACUAUUGGCAUUUUGUCGUAAUGAUCAAAAGUGUAAUCAACAUGAUGGAAAGGUACAUAGAAAAUGUUACUUUCACACUACCCAGGUGUGA